CCUGCACUUCCCUGUUCCUGCUCCUCCCAGCUCAAAGAUGGCAGCCAUGGGACAGAGAUGUGCGACGAAAUUAAUUUAGGAGUUUUGUCAUGAAACCACAUGGGGGUAUGCAGCUGUUACAUGCAUGGUUUUAACAUGACAGCGAUAUAGUUUGUCUCAGUCAACGUGUCGUCUUACGAAGACAAUUAAAGGAUUCAGAAUAUCAUGUUUUCCUGUGGGCUAAGCUAGCAAGCCACGGUUAGCACAUACAUGAACUUGUCUCUGGUGCCAUACAAGAAGAAAGCAGCUGCUCUGAACACGGUCUGCGGACAUCUUGCAAGAUUUGUAUUUUAAAGCCAGCCAGCAAUCCCCCCUACACUACGACGUACACGUGACAGAAGUGCAGAUGUUCGUCUGUUGGUUGCCGAUGAAAGGAUUCACUCAGUUUCAUCAUGGCCAUCACUCAAUUCCGUCUUUUCAAGAUCUGCACGUGUCUAGCCAGCUUACUUUCUUUCUUUAAAAGGUUGAUAUGCAGGAGUGGAAGGGGCCGCAAGCUCAGUGGGGAUCAAAUAACUCUUCCAACAACGGUGGACUUUUCAUCAUCGGUACCAAAACAGCCAGAGAUUGAAGAGUGGAGCUCUUGGGAUGAAGAUGCUCCUACGAGCAUUAAGAUUGAAGGUGGCAACGGAAACCUUUCCCCUUCACCCAACGAGAUGGACGAAGAGCCCGACUACUUCAAAGACAUGACUCCCACCAUCAGGAAAACACAGAAGAUAGUGCUGAAGAAAAGGGAGCCGUUGAACUACCUGGUGCCUGAUGGCUCAGCAGGGUUCUCCAGCAGACUGGCAGCUUCUCAGGAUAUGAUGACCUUCAAUCCACCCUCAGCUGAACUGGGAGAAAUGGACAACUGGCAGGAGGACACAAAUGCCUGGGAGGACGAGUCUGAUGCUGCCUGGGAGGCAGAGGAGGUGCUCAGACAAACCAAGAUGGCUGAGCGAGAAAAGCGCUCCAUGGAGCAGCAAAGGAAGAAGAUGGAGAAAGAUGCUCAGAGGAUGAUGAAGAAGGAGCAGAAGAUUGCCGUCAAGCUCUCGUAACAUUUUAGAAAUGCUCAAUUUUGAGCCAAAGGG